CCCAUAAUCCCUCUGACUCGCCACGUCAUAAGUCGUCGCCGCCGCUCGUCUGUUUCCCUCUUCUUUCUUUCAUUCUUUUUCUUUCUUUCUUAUCUUCGUGUGUUUUUGCUCCAGUCCGGGUCGGUUCUACGGAAAUGGGUCCAGUUGAGCUGCUCCACAUGUCCGUUUUCUCUCAGAGUUUCUCUCCGUGUGGUCGUUUUCUGGCUGCUGGUAAUAACUACGGACAGAUCGCCCUCUUCAGUCUUUCUGCUGCUCUGAGUCCAGACGCCUCCGCUUUGAACCAGAAACCCGUCCUGACGUUCACAGCUCAUGAGGGUCCGGUCUUCUGUCUCCUGUCCACUGACGUCCACCUGCUCAGUUCAGGAAAUGGAGAAAUCAGCGCCUGGAGCUGGAGCGAACUCAUCAAAAAGAACGUCAAACCGGUCUGGACCAGGAGGCCCAACUACAGAUCCAGUUUGGAGAUCCCAGAGAUCAAUGCCAUGACCCUGAACCCCAGAGACGACACUCUGAUCGUUGGGGGCGGAGACAACAAUGUCCACAUCCUGGAUCUGGAACAAGGUGUCUUCAAGGCGGUCCUCCAGGGUCACACAGACUACAUCCACUGUCUGAGUGUCAGAGAGCGGGACAACGAGAUCCUGUCGGGAGGUGAAGACGGCGCCGUCCGAGUCUGGGACACCAGGACCGGACGCUCCGCCCACUGCAUCGAAGUCUACAAAUAUGAGAUGUGCGCUCGGCCUCAGUUUGGGAAGUGGAUCAGUUGUGUCACCACGGACUCAGACUGGAUGCUGUGCGGCGGAGGCCCCGCCCUCUCCCUGUGGCAUCUGCGUUCUUUGUCUCCGACGUCCGUCUUCCCUCUGACUGGAUGCCAGAGACAGGCUGUCUUCUACCAGGACAUGAUCCUGGCGGUGGGGGACGGUCCUGUGGUGUCUCAUUGUCUUCUUGGGGGGGACGUCCGAGCCCAGAUCCCCUGUUCAUCCCAGAGCCUCAACACACUGCAGAGCAACAGCAGUAGCACCGAGUACCGGGUUCUGACCGUUGGGGGAAGCAGUGCCCACAUCGACGUCUUCACCAACCCGUCCUAUCGGGCCUUUUCUCUUCGGUUCUGAAGUGUCAGCACGUCUUCACAAUAAAGUUCUUUUGUUUCAAAGGUU